UGCUGCCCAUGGCUGUUAGCUGAAACCAUCCCGGCCUGGCCGUGCUGCCCUGCUGCCAGCACGCGGCGAUUGGGUUACUGUGCUGGGAUAGUUUGCUGCAGGAACUCAGCCAGGUGCUGCUGCCGGGUAACUGAUCCAAAGCUCCGCGGCGCUGUGAUGGUUUUGCCAGCUGAUCCUCCGGGCACACAGGUAAGGGCUGCAGGGUGCUGGGAGAUGAGAAAUGCUCUGGGCAGAAGGGGCCGUGGGACGUGAGGGGCAUUUCACAAUUUGGAUCUUGUUUUCCCUGGUAAGGUCCCGGACAGCAGCACACCGAGCUGGGGUCUGAGUGCAGCCUGGGGCGGCAAUCUGCAGCCCUGCACUGCACUCCUGGGCCGUCACCAAGAGCCGUUUUUGUCCUCCUGAUCAUAGCACGCAUUCUGCACAGCUCUGGGUACAGCUGUGGGUUUGGGAUGUUGGAAGGAACCGUACAUGUUUGGUGCAAUGCUGUGCUUGCCUGGGACCCUUGGGGCUGUGCCACGUCUGCACAGCAGAUCUGCACCCUGCUCUGCUCCCAGGCCUCCUGGGCUGUGCUGGGAGAAAGACAGCAGCAGAGCAUUCAGCCACAGGGUGAGCCUCAGCACAGAGCUCAUUCAGCCUGAACGCUGUGAAAAUCAGUUAAAAGCUUUUUUUGAUCUGAGUCUGGGAGGUCUUCAAGGAACCACAUGCUAUCUGUACAUUUAGAUUGGAAGCUCACAACUAAUUUCUUGCAAGGAUUAAGAAAGAACAUCCCUUACAGUUGUGCCUAUUGGGCUGUCAGCAGCUCAGAAGCCUGACACUUCUGCAAGAGCGCUCCGAGGCAGCAGCACACAAGCACCCAGCACACCAGCAAUGAUGAGCAAAGCACAGUGUGCAGCCAUGGGAGCUCUGCAGCUCCCUUAAGGCUUUGCCCAACCCCAGGUAGCCCAGGUUUCUGGGAAGCUGCUCCGUGUCGCUCACCAGGAGGGCAGGAUGGCUCUCUGCACUGUACGGGGAUGUGCUGCCCCUCUGCAGCCUCCUGCUCCUGCUGAUGCUGCAGCAGGACGUGUAAUACCCUAAAACCUCUUAGCGUGCUAAGCCCUGGGAUCCCUAAGUGCUGAGGAAGCAAAGGAGAAAAUCAGAAAUAGCAGCUUAUGGGGGAGCUGGAGGCAGCAUGGGGUCUGCGCUCAGGAUGUGCCCUGUUGUGAGGAGCUCUGCCCUGCUUCUGGCAGCCUGGUAGAGGCAGCACCCCAAGCAGCACCCCACAGCCGGUCCAGACCCAAUUCUGCAGCAUGGUGUGGGUCAUGGGGUGGACACCUCCACAGCCUCUGUGCUCCCACCUGAAUCCCAGCCCCAGGGGCUCAGAGCGCUGCAUCCCUCUGCUCAGCACAGCCCGUCUUCGGAUUUGCCUGUGUGGGUAAUGGAUUUCCCCCCAUGGGAUCUAAUCUGUUGUACCUCCCUUCAGGCCCUAAUCUCCUCGAGCUGCAGGCUGAGGUCAGCGCAAGGCUCAGCCAGGGCUGGCACAGCAAUUGGUCCAUCCGUAGUUCUCCCUGUGAUGGCAAUAAAGGCAAUUAGGGCAGAGGGGAAUAAAGGCAAGCAAAGCAUUGCUGGGUGCUUGGCCUCGACCUGGAGCACCUGGGAGGGCUCAGCUGUGCCGUGAGUAUAUGGGGACACGGAGCUGCCGACAGGGACCUCGCUUGGCUGUGUCACAGCAGCACAGGUGAUGGAGGACAGCCGGGAACUCCGGGACCUCGUGGUGGGACAGACCUGCCCUGUCGGACUGACGGGAGAGGAAUUCUGUAAGUGCUGUAGCAAUAGGAUGUGGAGGUGGAGGGAUGAUGUGACCAUGGCCAUCAGCCCCGCUGUAAUGCAAUCAGCACUGUGUGGAGGAGGACAUGGUUAUUACCUUAGUGUUGGUUUCCACAGUGUCUGGUCCUUUUUAGCACUUCCUGAUGAGGAUGGCACCUGCUGUGCCCCUCCAAUCUGCAGAGCAAGAAACUCAGGUUGCAUUCCCAGUGAUGCUUCUGAGCGAUUCAGUCUGCAGAGUCCUCCUAAGAUAAUUUGCCCAGAUAAAAUAGUCUGUUUCAUUUUUGUAAACGCUUAAUGUGAGUUAAGUAACAUGGAUGGAAUAAACAUGGGAAUAAAAAGCAUCUUCAGGCGGCUGAGAUCAAAUGAUGUGAAGCUCUGCAUGCAAAUUAAUUGAGCGAGUGUCAGCAGACAGCAAAUGCGCGUGCACUGCAGCAGCACUCGAGGGGCCUGGGAGAACAGCGGCUGUGCUGAUCCCAUCUGGGGCAGAACAGAGGUUUGGGACUGCUGCACCCUGAGCUCCCUUCGCCCCUUGCAUCCACCAUGUGGGUCUUAACACUGGAACUAGCUACAGAAUGAGGAUUUGGAAAUCAUCUUUGUGUUUCAGGGUGCUGUAGCCAGGUUAGCGCAGGGACAUUUUGGCCUUCCCUUUGUGGGCAGAAAGAGAUGCUACAGGGGGCUGAGAGGAUCUGGCAGAUGCUGCUGGAAAUAGGGUUUGCAGCACUGAGUAUUGAAAAGAGCCACUGAAUGUUGGUUCACCAGCACAGCGUGUAUGAAUUAGUGACCUCUAUGGACACACACAGCAGAUGCCCUUCUCCACUUCCUGGGCUGGGCUGGGUGCGUGCCACGUCCUCACUGCUAACCGUGCCAGUGGGAGAAUAAGAACCAUUUUGGGGGAAAUACAAAAGAAAACUGCCCCUCUUGGAGCUUUUUGUCCCCCAGGGUGUGGGGUCAUGGCACACCCACUGCAGCAUCUCCAGCAGAAAGCACCGCUCUGAAUGGAACGUGCCCACACCACCGCCUCCCCUUUGUGUCUUGCAGUUGCAGCCAUGCCGACGACCAACCAAGGCUGGCCAGAGGCGUUUGGCUUCUCUCUGGGUGGCAGCGGGCCCUGCUACGUGCUGUGGGUGCAGGAGGGCAGCAGUGCAGCAGCGGCAGGGCUGCGACCGGGCGACGAGGUGCUGGAGCUGGAGGGGCAGCCCGUCGCCUCACUGGGCUGCCCGGCCUUGCUGGCAUUAGCCCGGCGCUGCAGCUCCGUGCCCCCCAGCAUCGGCGUGCUGUCCCGGCUGCAGCGUGCUGACCUGCCCCCCGCCCCACACCUGGGCUUGCAGCUGGUGGGUGGCAGCCCCCCGCGUGUGGCCAGCGUGGCCCCUGGCUCUCCUGCUGCCACCUGCGGCAUCGCCCCUGGGGACCUGCUGCUGGAGGUGGAUGGCGUGGCUGUGCGCAGUGCCGAGGCGGCGGCCGAGCUGCUGGCAUCCUGCAGUAGGCGAGCGCUGCGGCUGGGGCUGCUGCGGCCACAGAGGGACCUCGGCCCCAGUGCUGCUGCUGUGCGCAUGGAGAGGAAGCAGAAAGCGCAGGAGUUCAGCAAGAAGGUGGAUGCCAUCCUGGGGGACCAGCCCAAGCUCAAGGAGCAGGUGUUUGCCGUGCUGAAGCAGUACGCGGCCGAGCGGAGGGUGGAGUGCUUGGCCUGCGCCCUGUGCAUGCUGCUCACUCAGGAAUCCCACCAGCACCUCAUCGACAGCAUCAGGAUUUUCAUCCCCAAGAAACACCGGCAGCGCUUCGAUGAGGUGGUGUCACAGAGCCUGAUCAGCAAGCUGUGUCGCUCCAAGAGUGAGCAGCACAGCAACCGCCUGCGGCGCAGCCGGAGCGAGGACCACCAGGAGCGGCUGCUCGUGUCCACCCGCGCCAGCUCUGUGCCCCGCAGCCACGAGGAGCUCAGCAAGAGCCUGCGGAAAACCACCUCGCUCAUCACCAGCAAUGUGGCCUCAGGGGCUGCCCGCAGGACGGUGCGAGUUUAUAAAGGCAACAAAAGCUUUGGCUUCACGCUGCGUGGACAUGCACCAGUGUGGAUCGAGUCUGUUCUGCCAGGGAGUCCGGCUGAGAACGCUGCGCUCAAACCUGGAGACCGAAUCCUAUUUCUCAAUGGCCUGGACAUGAGGAACUGCUCUCAUGACAAGGUGGUAUCGAUGCUGCAGGGCAGCGGGGCGAUGCCCACCUUGGUGGUGGAAGAGGGCAUCGUCAACUUCUCCAGUGACUCUGACUCUGCCGACUCCCCGACCAGCUCCUCUGCGCUCACCUCCCUGCAGUGGGUGGCAGAGAUCCUCCCCUCUAGCAUCAAGAUUCAAGGGAGGACCUUCAACCAGCAGCUGGAGCACCUGCUUACCCCACCCGAGCGCUAUACCAUCUGCAAAGCGCUGGAGAGCUUCUUCCAACAUCGGAACAUUGACACUCUUAUUGUGGAUGUGUACCCGGUGCUGGACACACCAGCCAAGCAAGUCAUUUGGCAGUUUAUCUACCAGCUGCUGACGUACGAAGAGCAGGAGCACUGCCAGCAAAAGAUUGCCAGGUUUCUUGGUUACAAGUCCUUGGCAGCUGAGCCCGAGGCAGAGGAGCGCUACCGCAGCUCAGUGCGAGGGGCAUCCUUGUGCCGGAGCAGCCUCCGGGCCAACCGCCCCGAGGAAGGGGGGGCUGCAGGUCAAAGUGACACCGUGGAGGUCCCGGUUCGCCUGAUCCCUGGAGAGAGGCAGGCUGGCGAUGGCACAUCCCUGCCAGAGACACCCAACCCCAAAAUGAUGUCAGCUGUCUACGCAGAACUGGAGAACCGCCUGCUGGGCAGCUUUGCCAGCAAGGUGGGCAGUGCUGCCCUGCACCACGCAUCGCCCCCAGCCCCCAACCCGGCACAUGCUGCAGGUAGCACCCGAUUUCCCUCAGCUCCAGAGAGAGGCAGACGUGGGGGGGUCUCCGGUGGCAGCAGGAACCGCCCGGCAGCGCCCUGUCCUGCAGGUGCCCGCAGAUCGGGGGUGCCCGUCUCGUGGCCAAGCGACCCCCUGGCCGCCCAGCAGUGCUACUACCGCCUGCACAGCAGCCUGCAGUCCCCAAGCAGCACCGAGUCCAAUCCCUAUGUCAGCCUGGACAGCAGCCCGGCCCCGUCCCCCCAGCACCGGCCCUACCCGCUCAGCCCGCUGUCGCGGCGCAAGAAGCUCUUCACCUUCUCCAGGCCACCACGCAGCCGUGACACCGACCGCUUCCUGGACGCGCUCAGCGAGCAGCUGGGACACCGUGUCACCAUUGUGGAUGAUUUCCUCACCCCCGAGAAUGACUAUGAGGAGAUGAGCUUCCACGAUGACCAGGGCAGCUAUGUCACCAAUGACGUCAGCAGCAGCGAGUACAUCAGCAGCAGUGAUGAGGGCAGCUCCCUCACCUACUCCACGCUGUCGGAUCACAUCCCCCCACCUCCGCUCAGCCCCCCGCCGCCACCGCCCCCCCUGCAGUUCCAUGACCCCCAACCUGUCCCUGCCAAGGCUGAGGCCCCCAAGGCCAGCACCUCUCCUGCUCCCAAGCCCCUGGUGGGCCACCUGCACCCUGUUCCACCUCCACCGCCGCCCCCGCCACCCCCACCUGUGCCCUGCGCUCCCCCCCUGCACCGGGGGCUGCUGCACCGCCGGAGCGAGACCAACCACAUGAGUGUCAAGAGGCUGCGGUGGGAGCAGGUGGAAAACUCAGAGGGGACCAUCUGGGGACAGCUCGGGGAGGACUCGGACUAUGACAAGCUGAGCGACAUGGUCAAAUACCUUGACCUGGAGCUUCAUUUCGGGACGCAGAAGCCAACCAAGCCAACUUUCAUGCCUGAAACAUUUAAAAAGAAAGACGUGGUCGAAAUUUUGUCCCACAAAAAGGCCUACAACACAUCCAUCCUGAUCGCCCACCUGAAGCUCUCACACAUGGAACUGCGCCAGAUCCUCAUGACAAUGGAGACAGACCGCCUGGAGCCUUCCCACAUCAAGCAGCUCCUGCUGUACGCCCCGGAUGGGGAGGAGGUGCAGCGCUUCCAGAACUACAAGGAGAACCCUGGCAAGCUGAGCGAGCCUGACCAGUUCGUGCUGCAGAUGCUGUCAGUACCAGAGUACAAGAUCCGACUGCGCAGCCUUCACUUUAAGACCACUCUGCAGGAGAAGACAGAGGAGAUCAAAGCAAGCUAUGAAUGUAUUUGCAAGGCCUCUCUGGAGCUGAAAAGCAGCAAGAAGUUGGCGAAGAUCCUGGAGUUUGUACUCGCCAUGGGAAACUACCUGAACAACGGGCAGCCCAAGACCAGCAAAACGACAGGCUUCAAAAUCAACUUCCUCACAGAGCUGAACACAACCAAGACCGUUGAUGGGAAAUCCACCUUCCUGCACAUCCUUGCCAAAUCUCUCAGCCAACACUUCCCAGAGCUCUUGGGCUUUGCCAAGGAUCUUCCCACAGUGCCGCUCGCUGCCAAAGUGAACCAGAGGACGCUGACAGCCGACCUGAAGGACCUUCACACCACGGUCAGUGACAUCCAGAUGGCCUGCCACAGCAUGCCAGCCACUGCCGAGGACCGGUUCGCCAUCGUGAUGACCUCCUUCCUGGAGAGCGCGCAGCCCGCCAUGCGCUCGCUGGACGACCUGCAGCACAGGGCCAUGGAGGAGUUCAGCAAGGUGCUGUCCUUCUUUGGGGAAGACUCCAAAAUGACAACUUCAGAAGCUUUCUUUGGCAUUUUUGCAGAAUUCAUGAGCAAGUUUGAGCGGGCGCUCACAGAUGUGCAGGUUGGAGACAGCCAGCGCAGCCCCAGGAUGACAUCCCCCCUUGCCUGGUGACAACACAAGGUGCAACGAUUCAUUGCCAAUGAAGUGCAAUUUGUUCCCGUUUAGUUUGGUUGUAAAUACGCUGCUGCCACCUGCUACCAUUGAGCAGAACCGCAGGGGCCGGGGAGGCCUGGAUGCUGAGCAUGCACGCAGAUGGCUGCAGAAGGAGACAGGGCUGAGGCACUGGUGCACGAAGGGAAACGCUGUGUUGGUUUGAUGGCAUCCUUCCUAGCAUCCUUCAUUUCCAGUGUAUUGCAGAAUCAAGGACUGCAGACUCAUCUGGGUGAAACCCUGCUGCCCUGUGCUCCCAUGGCACACACUCCUGGUACCAGUGGUCGCUGGAGCCCUGUCCUCGUCCCCAUGGCCAUGGUCUAUGUGGCUGUGCAAGGUCCCAGCCUCUCAUGCAGGAUGCAGACCCAGUGUUCCCCUUGCAGGUGCAAAGCCCUGAUGCCAGGUGCCCGAGCUGGAAGCACCAGGGACAGGGUACACUGUGCAGCAAUGCUGGGGCAAUGGGAAGAAACGAGACCUUGCAGAACCCCAAUGGCACUAAAUGGGGAUCCAGACUGGUUCUGCCCAGCUGCUCGGGAGAGCAAGAAAAGCUCCAUAGCCCUUCCUGGCCAUCAGCUUUGCUUAAGGGUUUGUCAGUGACUGAGAGAGAAAUCUUCCCAAUAAUCUAAUAUCAUCAGCACUAGACUUAUCUGAACGCACCAGGAGCCAGGAAUCCCUGAGCAUUUUGGUGCCUCCUUGGAAAGCACAAAAUCUUUGCUAGCUUAAAAACUAGUGGGAGUCCUCUGGUGCCCUGGUUCUGCUCUGAGGGCAGCAGAGAGCAGCCAGAAUGCACCCCAUGCCCUCUGGAACUCGCUCACAGGGCUUGGGUCCCUUUGGCAUACACAAUGACUUGAGCAGUCCGUGCGGGCUGUACCGGGGGCCUGAGAAGCAUGCACACCCAUCCUGCAGCAGCGGCUGAUUGUUAUAAUCAAGGCAAUUCCCCCCGAGAUGUCCCAGAACAAAGGGCUAGCAGCACCCUAUGGUCCAUGCAUGUGCCUCCAGACCACGCAGCGCCCGCCAGCUUUGUGGCACAACGCACGUUACCAUAGCGAGGCACUGCUCAGUGCACAGCACAGCCACUGCUGUGCACAUCCGACCCACCUGAGCCCCCCACUCGCUGACGCCUAGGUGACUUUCCCCAUGCCGAUGCCAGAGCAAGAGCUCUUACUGUGCUCAAAUACACAAUUACCAACCGGUGCAUUAUUUAUGGGAGACCUUAUAACCAUCAAAUCUCCUGUUUUCAAUAUGUUUUUUAACCCCUCUCCCCACGUGUUUUCAGUUUAUACAGCUGUAAGUGCCAGGCAGUUCCCAGCCUUGUGCUGUCAGAGCUCUUCUCUCCCCCAGUGAUGGUGCGGUGCAAUGCGCACUCAUCUCCACUGUACGUUUUGGAUGUUCUCACUGCAUUCAGGUUUGUUUGUUUGUUUGUUUUUGUAAAAAUGUAUUAAAACAUUCAAACCGCUGGAGGUUAAUCUGCAACCGUCAUUAAAAAUGUGAAAAUGCUGUACAUAGA